GCGCGAGGCGCGUGCGCGCUCACUCACUUAUCGCCUGACGGAAGGAGUGAAAGUUUGCGAGGCGGCCCGGAUUAUUCCACAUAAACACGACGUUACAGAUUGUUAAUCCGCUUGUACGAGCUCCGAGACGGUGUGAGCGAUCGUGACGAACCCGUAAUGUGAUUCUAAAGCUCGUGUUGUCGUCGUUGUUGUUGUUGUUGUUGUUUUUUUUUCCCCCCGUUGCGUGGGAAGCUGACGCUGAUGCAGAGACUCGGUCCUGAUGUUUAUUAGCUCAGUUAGCCUGCGACUUAACUUCUCUCGGGGACGGCAGUAGUGGAUUUCCGGCACCGGGAAGGGGCACGGCGACACUUUACAAUAAAAAAGCUUGACGUUUUUAUAACCCGUGGGGAAAAUGAGCGUCAAACGGGAGCUCGGUUUGCGAAAUAUGUUCGAUAGUGUCGGUAAAACCGGAGCUGUGACUCGGCACGAGCGGCGCCUCGAGCUCCAGGCGCGCUGCGACGCAAUCUGAGGUAUUAGCCACAGUGCUAACGUUUUCUCUCCUUACCGCGUUCAACACUCCGGCCGUGUACGAGCAGGCCUGUAUAAACAGUGCUGCUUUAUCAAGAAUUGUCCGACACACACACAGACACACGCGCUAAUAUUACAGAAACGUGACAUUUACGUUAUUUUCCUCACAGUAGCUCGCGUUACGCGGUCCAGUCUGUCACAUCACGAGCCGCGGAAUUUAAUGGGACCUGAGAAGUUUUUUUGAGACGCAUCUUUUUUCCCCCCAACGGUUUGGACAUAAACACGGUUUUAUUUCUCGUUAUCGCUGACAGAACUUGGACAAAAAUGUCGGAGAACGCACCGACACGGAGUCUGGAUGAGAUCGACCUGGCAGCUCUGAGGGAUCCAGCAGGAAUCUUUGAGCUGGUGGAAGUCGUGGGCAACGGUACCUACGGGCAGGUGUACAAGGGGCGCCAUGUGAAGACAGGACAACUGGCUGCUAUAAAGGUGAUGGACGUCACCGAGGAGGAAGAGGAGGAGAUCAAAGCUGAGAUCAACAUGCUGAAGAAGUACAGUCACCAUCGCAACAUCGCCACUUACUACGGCGCCUUCGUCAAGAAGAGUCCGCCCGGACACGACGACCAGCUCUGGCUGGUGAUGGAGUUCUGUGGCGCCGGCUCGGUAACAGACCUAGUGAAGAACACUAAAGGAAACUCCUUGAAGGAGGACUGGAUCGCUUAUAUCUGCCGAGAGAUUCUGCGGGGCCUGUCACACCUCCACGCACAUAAGGUCAUCCACAGAGACAUCAAAGGCCAGAAUGUUCUACUAACUGAGAAUGCAGAGGUCAAGCUUGUGGAUUUUGGCGUGAGCGCUCAGUUAGACCGGACUGUAGGCAGGAGGAACACCUUCAUCGGCACUCCCUACUGGAUGGCACCGGAGGUCAUCGCCUGUGACGAGAACCCCGACUCCACCUACGACUACAGGAGCGACAUCUGGUCUCUGGGAAUUACAGCGAUAGAGAUGGCAGAGGGCGCGCCUCCACUGUGUGACAUGCAUCCUAUGAGAGCGCUCUUCCUCAUCCCGCGGAAUCCUCCUCCCAAACUGAAGUCUAAGAAAUGGUCUAAAAAGUUUAUCGACUUUAUCGAGGGCUGCCUGGUGAAGACCUACCCGAGCCGUCCGAACACCGAACAGCUGCUGAAGCAUUCGUUCAUCAGAGAUCAGCCGACCGAGCGCCAGGUGCGCAUCCAGCUCAAAGACCACAUCGACCGCACGCGCAAGAAGCGUGGAGAGAAAGAGGAGACCGAGUACGAGUACAGUGGUAGUGAUGAAGAAGAUGAGAACAGAGGUGAUGAGAGAGAGUCCAGCUCCAUCCUGAACGUGCCGGGCGAGUCGACGCUGAGGCGUGACUUCCUGCGGCUUCAGCAGGAGAAUAAGGAGCGCUCUGAGGCACUGAAGAGGCAGCAGGCCCAGCUGGCAGCACAACGCCGUGACCCCGAGGAGCACAAGAGGCAGCUCCUCCAUGACCGUCAGAAACGCAUUGAGGAGCAGAAGGAGCAGCGGCGAAGGCUUGAAGAGCAACAGAGAAAGGAGCGUGAGAUGGUGAGGCAGCAGGAGAAAGCUCCUCACCGGAGACUCGACGAUAUGAGACGAGAGGAGGACCGCAGGAUGGCCGAGCGAGAGCAGGAAUUUAUAAGGCAUAAGCUGGAGGAAGAGCAGAGACAGUUAGAAAUCCUUCAGCAGCAGCUUCUCCAGGAGCAGGCCUUGCUCAUGGAGUACAAGAGGAAGCAGCUGGAGGAGCAGAGGCAGUCGGAGAGGCUUCAGAGGCAGCUGCAGCAGGAGCAUGCUUACCUCGUCUCCCUGCAACAACAGCAGCAGCAGCAACAGCAGCAGGAGAAGAAACCGCUUUAUCAUUACAGCAAGAACCUGGAUAACAACAAGCCUGCCUGGGCCAGAGAGGUGGAGGAGCGGAGUAAACUUAACAGACAGGGCUCCCCUAAAAUCUGCACUACCGUCUCCGAUACCAACAUCCAGUCGCGCUCUGACUCUAUUAGCCAAUCAGGAAGCGUGCAGGCUGCACAGACUCCGCCCAUGCAGAGACCCGUUGAACCCCAAGGUGGUCAGGGCAAGGACCCCUCCCCCACCCCAACGCCUCGUCCACUGCACUCCCGUGAGCUCGUCCGUCAGAACUCGGACCCCACGUCAGAAAGCCCCGCCCCUCAGCAACGCCCAACGAGGGAUGACCACGGCCCGUGGAUCCGCCUGCCUGAGAUUGAACAGCCUCCAAAAAUUCCUCAGCGAACAGCGUCUAUAGCGACUGCUCUUAACACUAACCUGUCCUCUGGCAUCAGACACCCAGUACGAGCCAGCAAUCCAGACCUGAGUCGCAACGACCGCUGGGAAAGAGGAGACAGCAUGAGCCUCAUGUCCAACCUGCCUCAGACAGGCUCCCUCGAGAGACACCGCAUCCUCAGUUCAUCUAAAAUGGACUCGUCUCCCAUCCUCUCUCACGACGGACGACACAAACCUGGAGAAUCCCGCACCUCUUCCAGACCCAGUCGACCAGCGGACCACGGGCUGUACUCGAAGGAGCGUGUGGAGGAGCAGCCUCGCCCUCCAGUGAAGGCCAAUGACUACUCGUCUUCCUCAGAGAGCAGCGAGAGUAGCGAGGAGAGUGAGAGCGGUGAGGGACAGGAAGAGGAGAGUCCCUCGGACCGUCCGCGAGACCCGGACUCAGACUCUGUGAACACCAUGGUGGUCCAUGAGGAAGAGGAAGGUGAAGGAGGAGAUGAAGAACGGGCUGGAGGUUAUGGUGAUCAGACCAUGCUUGUUCAGAGGACUCCAGAGAAGCGUAACCAUAACGGAUACACCAACCUGCCGGACGUGGUUCAGCCGUCCCACUCCCCCACCGACUCCGCCUCCCACUCCUCUCCCGGCAAAGACUCCACUUAUGAUUAUCAGUCCAGAGGUUUGGUCAAGGCUUCUGGGAAAUCCUCCUUCACCACUUUUGUGGAUCUCGGAAUGUACCAGCCAUCAGGUGGAACGGGGGAGCCCAUCUCAGUGGGAGGUCUAAGUUCUCGGUUUGACCAACUGAAGUUGGAGGUGCGAAAAGGCUCCAUGGUCAACGUGAACCCAACAAACACUCGCCCCGUCAGUGACACCCCCGAAAUCCGCAAAUACAAGAAGAGGUUUAACUCUGAGAUCCUCUGUGCUGCACUUUGGGGUGUAAACUUGCUCGUUGGAACAGAGAACGGACUAAAGCUGUUGGACCGCAGCGGGCAAGGCAAAGUUUAUCCGCUCAUCAAUUCCCGCAGGUUCCAGCAGAUGGACGUGCUCGAGGGACUUAACCUGCUCAUCACCAUAUCAGGCAAAAAGAAUAAGGUGCGAGUGUAUUAUCUGGCCUGGCUGAGGAACAAGAUCCUUCAUAACGACCCUGAGGUGGAGAAGAAGCAGGGCUGGACCACUGUAGGGGAAAUGGAGGGCUGUGUGCACUACAAAGUGGUGAAGUACGAGAGGAUUAAAUUCUUGGUAAUCGCUCUGAAGAAUGCGGUGGAGGUGUACGCCUGGGCCCCCAAACCCUACCACAAAUUCAUGGCCUUUAAGUCGUUUACCGACCUGCCUCACAGACCUCAGCUUGUUGACCUGACUGUAGAAGAAGGGCAGAGGUUAAAGGUUAUCUACGGUUCGAGCGCCGGCUUCCACGCCAUCGACGUCGACUCCGGGAACAAUUACGACAUCUACAUUCCUGUCCACAUCCAGUCUCAGGUGACUCCACAUGCCAUCGUCUUCCUGCCCAGCUCUGAUGGAAUGGAGAUGCUGCUGUGUUACGAGGAUGAAGGAGUGUACGUCAACACCUACGGCCGCAUCAUUAAAGACGUGGUGCUGCAGUGGGGAGAGAUGCCCACCUCUGUCGCUCAUAUUUGUUCUAAUCAGAUCAUGGGCUGGGGUGAGAAGGCUAUAGAGAUCCGCUCAGUGGAGACCGGUCACCUGGACGGGGUGUUCAUGCACAAGAGAGCUCAGAGACUCAAGUUUCUGUGCGAGAGGAACGACAAGGUGUUCUUUGCGUCGGUGAAGUCUGGAGGAAGCAGUCAGGUCUACUUCAUGACCCUCAACAGAAACUGCAUAAUGAACUGGUGAUGGAGCAGCCCUAUGAUCAGCGUUUCUCUCUCUCUCUCCACACUUUCUCUCUUUCUCUCUCUCUUUCUCUCUCUCUUUCUCUCUCUCUUUCUCUUUCUCUUGCUCUCUCUCUCUCUCUCUCUCUCUCUCUCUCUCUCUCUCUCACACACACACACAUACACACACAAUGUAAAUAGAUACAACGCCCACACGCUUUCACUUCCUCACAUGCACUCCCAGAAACACACACAUACACACUCAUGCUCUAGACUGUCAUGGUUCUCUUAACAAUGUAUCUGUUGUAAAACAUUUUGGGGAUUGUGUGUGUGUGUGUGUGUGUGUGUUAUGACACGUGCGGAUGCCAAAUUGCUUAACUUUCUUUCAACACCGGAACAAAAUAUUCAUUCUUUUUAUUGGCUUUUGUUAUUUUGCCAGAUUUCAGUGAGUUUGCCUCUUUUUUUUUUUCUUCUCCCCCACAAAAUUUCAUUUCAUUUCAUUUCAUUUCUACAUUCCAACUUUACCACCAUUAAAAAGAAGAAACGAAGAAACAGCAGCGGCGUAAAAGCCUUGGACAUUUUGCUGGUGGCCGUCGCCGCCCCCUGCUGCUCUCGGGUGGUACUGCAGCAUCUGUAAAUUUCCAUUCUCACACUGUACUGUAAUUCAGUAGCCUAGUCGUUUAAUCUAACGGAUUUAAACUAUCUGUGAUUUUAUUAUUUAUGUUCGAACUAUAGCAGAACAUUUAGAGGAGCUCUCACGAUAUCAGUUCUCCUAUAUUUUGAGCUCUUUAAACUUUUCCCUUCGGCUAUGUAGACCGGAAUUGGACCGAAUCCUUUAAUCAUUCAUAGUCAACGCUUUUAAGAAUCUGGGUUAUGCUUUUCGCUCGUGAAGCACCACGGAAGUGCGACCGUUAUUACAAGCACUCUCUCUGAUUUAGCCAUGGAGAAUGCUCUCUCUUUUUUUCUUUCUUUUUAUUUUCUUUCUCGUCUGAAGUUCCAGUAUAUCUCGGGCCGUUUGAUAUUCUCUGUAUGUAUAGGUAUUUGGUAUUAUUCCUACUUUAAUAAUAUCUCGCUGUUCUAUUGCAAUACGUGCUGUAAUCGUGCUGUUCUCGUUUCAGAUUUUCACGAGGGGAGUCUCUUUAACCGGUCGGAUUAUUAUGAGGUUAGGGAGAAGUAGUUCUUUAAUUUUUAAAAAAUAUUUUUUUUUCCUUCUGUUUUAUUUUUUUUUUUUUGGCAGCAGAAAUGCUUUCUUCGUUUGUGAGCCGGCUUUGCAGCUCACGUCACCAUGCAGACGUAUAGGAGAAAGUUGGAGCUUUUAUCUCAGUCGUUUGACCCCUUGUUCAGGCAGGAGGAAAGGAUUCGGACGUGUAAGGCUUCACUCCACUGAAAUAAAAGAUCUUAGCAUGUCACGAGACGUCGGAUUCAUUUCUGUUCCGCACCGGAGGUCGGAGCUCAGGAGAUUUGAUCCCACUCACUGGGAUUUUUAAAACACUCAGACGUAUUUUUCAGCCCGUGUGUUUUCCCCACACACAAAAAAAAAACAAAAAUCCCACAAUCGCACGACGACCCCAGGAUCGUAUUUAUUCUCGUACGUGUUUUUUAGGGCGCUCGCUUCCUAUUGAGCAUGAACAGACUUCCUAUGUUUGAUGCGCUCGCUAAUUCUGGAUGCAUUUCUGCUGCCAAACUCCCUGAUGUGACGUACAGCCUUAUUCGAGAAAAAUAAAUAAAUAAAUAAAUAAAUAUAUGAAUCUUUGAUUUGGAGUGUAAUGGAAUGAGCUGUGAUUAUCACAGACUUUCCAGGUGGAAAAAAAUCCUACGAUCGUUUCAGUUCACUUCUCUUUUGUCUUUUUUUUUUUAACAUAAUAUAUAAGCCGUGACUUUGGCUUGGAUUCAUGAUCAUGUGCGAGUGUGAGACUGUACGAUAACACACACCCUGUGGUCCAAAGCAAUAGCAGUGUGACUGGCGAGCGUGAGCGGGCCGGCGUUGCCUGCAGCUCUGCAAUACUAGCAGAUCACCAUGACGACGACGACUCUUUCCCCCAGUUCACUUUUACUAGCAUAACCUACUGUGGAUCCAAAACCUUUUGUUUACAAAUCUUUAUAAUAUAUCAUGUCAAAUUUCCAUGUCCAGAAAUCUGGAUGUAGGUUUAGAUCCCUAAUGAACAAACAAGCGGCGACGUCGUCUUGUGGGACCGGCGCAGGCCUGUCUUAAUGAUUCCCGAAAUCUACAGCACCCUGAAGCGAGGCUUCUAAAUAUAUCUUUUGUUUCUAUUACAGAAAGCGUAGAACUAAUCAAUACUACCAGAAAGAUGCCUAUAUAUUUAAAAUAAAAAGGUUUAAUAGCUAAACGAGAGAUCGAUGAUUGUAACAUAUAAAAGCACUUUUAUCUCACUUUAUUAUCUAAUAGCUGAGAGACAUCGUUAGUUUAAUCGUUGAAAUCAGUCCGUCAGAUUUUUCCGUCAUUGUCGCGGCCACAAACGCUGCAGCUUUAUUCAACGUUUGCUCCGCGACUUUGCUUGUUUUUUUUUUUUGUUUUUUUUUUUCGCUUUCAGAAAGCUGCUCAGUGAAGACACGUCUGUAACGACUUCCUGUCGCUGUCCUCGUGUACGACACAUGAAUCGAACAGAUUCAGCUUUUGGUCCAAUGUUUGUUGCUGUGAUGUCACACGACGCGUCCCGGCCCAAACCUGCCCAAAAUCUGCCACUAGUUUAAGCGAUUUCCAAGAAUUCAUAUUAUUGAAGUAGUCUUCAGCAGAUAAGUGAUGUUUUCUAGGAGUUUCUGUAAAUUAUUUGCUGUAAAUUUAUGUGCUGUAGAAAUAUAUUAAAGCAGCAGGGCGUUAGGAAGCAAACGUGACUCGGUUACGUUUAUUGGGACGUUAAUGAGAUUCGAUUGUUUUUCUUCUGAAAAUCCACGUAGUCGUAUCUCAAUAGAUGGCAACACGUAGACCCUUGCACAUUUUUUUUGUUUUAAUUCCCCUUGUAUAGAAAUGAAUGAAUAUCGUGUUAUUAUUAUUAUUAUUUUUUUUUGGCUUUCUAACCUUUGGGUAUUGACGUUGCCCCAGUUUGAACUGCCAUGUUUACCGUUCUCGCAGUGCCUUGGAGCCAGGUUGCGUGUGCGUGUGCGUCUUAGCAAAGGAUGCUGUAAGAAGUAUUUUGAGUUAUCUGCCCCACCCCCAUACCCCCGAUUGCGUACGUAGUUCAGGGAAGAAGUAGUAGUGCAAUCAGAGAUGUUUCUCAUGUCAAGAAAGUGCACUUAAUCUGACAAUAAGUUCAGGCCCAAAAGCCAUCGCAUACAGAUUGGGGGGUGGGGGGUGGAUUGUGUCGGGAGCCUUCAGCUGGCCAAGACGGAUGAAACGAAAUCACUUGACAUUCAAAGAGAAUGAAAUUCCAUACAAACAGCUUUGAUUCAGAAAUAGCUGCACUUUUCCCCCCUUUUUUACGUCACAGCAAAGUGAUCGUUCUGCAGAGGAUCCACAGAGCAGCUGAGAAUAAAUAAACACUUUUCUAAUCCAAGCCCAAUAAUUCCAGUUAAGUCACCAAAAAAUAAACCUAGUUUUAGUUUCAUCCUGUAUAAGUGUGGAACCAUGGAACAUCUCUCUCUCUCUCUCUCUCUCUCUCUCUCUCUCUCUCUCUCUCUCUCUCUCUCUCUCUCUCUCUCUCUCUCUCUCUCUCCCUCUCUCUCUCCCUCUCUCUCUCUCUCUCUCUCUCUCUCUCUCUCUCUCCCUCUCUCUCUCUCUCUCUCUCUCUCUCUCUCUCUCUCCCUCCCUCUCUCUCUCCCUCCCUCCCUCUCUCUCUCUCUCUCUCUCUCUCUCUCUCUCGUUUGUGAGCUUUAAGUUCCCGACCCCUGGCUGUAGAGGUUUGGGUUGCCAUGGUGAGGACUCGCUUCCAUGCUUCCUGAUGUAGCGAAUCCCUCGUCAUCCCACACACAAGCUCCAGAGUGAAGAAAAAGAGGAAAGAAAAAAAAAACCUCCUUACCAAAACGUUAAUCAGAUAAAUUCACAUCGUCCUAAUCAACGGUGAAAUGUAUUUUCAAAUCGUUUAUAUAUAUAUAUAGAAAUAUCCACAGUAUAUAUCCUGAUCCUCCGAUGGACGAGUUCUACAUGGUUUAAGAUACUAACAGAGUUUAUAUAGAGACGUUUAUUGGGUGCCUAUUUGAGAUGGAAUCCCAAAUUUUAAUAUAUCGUUCUAGCAUUAUUUUUAUUACACAGAUAUACAGACAGGCGCUAAUUUAAUGAAUGUAACCUGAACUUGAAGCAAUUUCUGUGCAGUUCUUUUACCGGCCCAAUAACAUUAUGAAGCACAAUGUAUAUUUCUGCUUUAGAAUCCAGUUUGGGGAUUAAGACUGAUCUCUCUCUCUCUCUAUCUAUCUCUAUCUCUCUCUCUCUGUGUAGAAAAGAGCGAGCGUGGGUGUGUGUAUGUGUGAAUAGGAGCUAUUUUUAAACCGAGUAUGUGCUGUUCAUGAUGCUCUAAGAGAGAAAAUGAGGAGGAGGAGGAUUAGAGCCAGGAAAAAAAAAAACAGUAUGUUUCGUUCUUUCUUCUUUUCUUUCUCAACACCAAUACGGACCAGUAUGCAUGAAAUCAGAGCGCACACAUCAUAUCGGUGUUGUAUAAAGUCCAGCCCCAUCUCCUCUUCCUCGGCGUGAGACUUCCGGCUUUGCGUCGACGUGUUCCACAAAGCAGCCGUUUCUGUGCUUAGAUAUAAUUAGAAAUAAUAAUCAGUUAUUAGUAUUUUGACAGAGACUUUUUUCCCCCCCCUGACUCCAUCGUAUGGAGCGUCACCGCGAUGUCAUAUGGCGUCCUGCAGGGACGUCGAGCCGACGGAGCGUCUCGGCUGUAGGAGUUCUACAGUUCUGCUUUCCUCUGUAGUUUUCCGAUCGGUUCCUUCGUAAUAUCGGUCUCGGGCUCGAUCCCAGACAUAUUCUCGAGCGCAGUCAGGUCCGGCGUUCCUCUCACCGAUCCGUACAGUAACGUUAAAGAAAUCACAAAACAAAAUCUCUUCUCCAGAACCAAAUAAAGGCUUCCACAGACACACCGUGUCCUCUGUUCUUUUACCACAACCGUGAAGCGAUCACGAUUUUAUCAGGAACCUUUGGUCCUGUUUCAGGUAGCAUGUCAUGAGAUGAGAGUGUGUGGAGUUUUUUUUUUUUUUUUUUUUUUGUUUUUUUUUUGGGGGGGGGUGUAAAUGUAACUCUUAUUUAAGGCCUUUAAUUGCGGUUUUUCAGGCACAUCGGUCUUCUUUACAUGCUUUUAGCUCUAUGCUUACUACAAAUCUCACUUUAUGAUCCUCUAGUAAUAGUGUCAUCAAAUCUUUGGAUGAUUUCUUGUUUGUUUGUUUUUGUUUUUUUUUUUGGGUUUUUUUUGGCACGUAUUUGGUUGAUUCUGAUUGUGCAACCAGGAGAGGUCAAAGGUCGAUAGAAAGUCUUUAAAGGUGAUAUCCUCUGUGAUGGGUUAAUAAUUAUUUCUAUCUUUUUGUUUUGUUUUUGUUUUUCAUUACAUUUCUAUCCUACAAGUUUUAGUUUAAAUAAUAAUAAUAAUAAUAAAAACGUAGAUAUUUGACAAAACAUUAUUUGUGUGCGUGUUUACGUUUGAGAGCAGAUCUGAGAUUUUAACGAGCUGAUGAUGGUCUUCAGUUUUUUUCAGUGUUCGGGAUGAAAUCAUACAUCUGUAAUGUCUUAAAUGCAGAAUUGUUUGGAAAUAAAAUACAAAAAAAAAUCUU